UUUCUUUACUAGAAAAUGGCUGUAGCACCUGCUUUAUUUGCUGGGGCGUCUCUGUUUGGCACCUCUGCUGAGCAAAUCUCCCGGGCCAUAAAAACAGGAAGAAAUGUCACCAUUCAAAUCACCAAUUACAGCGACAAAUACACCUUAGAUAAUCCAAGGACCUACACCUACAGCGGAUAUUGUCACAGUCCUCCACAGCCGACCAUCAAAAAAAACACACAGGAAGUUUGCUCUUUCACCAAAACUGCAUACACUGCCUGCGGUUCUGUUGGAGUCCUGACCUACCAGAUCCUCAAUGAUGACAAGAGAUGCAUCGGAGAACUGGCCAUAAUGUUCUCUGUUCCGUUCAACUACAACCAUUUUGAAAACCUGUUCGCUAUGGGCAUUUUUGACCCAAAUCAUCCAUGUGAUAGGGAUCUGUACAAAAUGAUGUAUUAUAAAGAAGGUGGAAAUUUUAAAAGAGAAAAGGGUACAGGGUGUUCCAUGACAUACACUAAAGAGAAAAUUCUUCUGAAGGGAACAAUGUCUCCUCAGGGUCAAUCAGUUAUGAAGGUGGAACUCUGGGAUGAAUAGGGAUAAAGGUUUAAACAUGAAACAUUGGUUAUCACUUCCCAAUCACUUGGCUCAAAUAAGUGCCUCGACAUCAGUGUUCAUUUUAAUUGAGGUGAUUCUGAUUUUGAUUUAGAUUUAACUUUCCAAAUAAAUGUAUAAUUGUUCUAGUCACAUUUUAGUUUAGUCUAGUUUAGUAAAUGAAUACAAACAGCAUUUUAGUCUAGUUUCGGUCAGAACAUUUUAGUCAAACCAAGAAAGCAUGUUAUACCUAUUUGAUGGGUUUUUCUGUUUUAUAGUUUUGUGACAUUUCAAUUGUGCUAAAAUUGUAAAAUGUUUUACAUUUUAAUGCAAGUGACUUAUAAAUUAAACCCUUUUACUGCAGUAACCUCUAUACUAACAGCUUUCAGUGGCCUAAACUUUUCACAGAUAACAAAGGAAUAUUGAAUCAUUUGAAGACAUUUAAUUAACAUUGUUAUUGGGUUGAGGUCUUAAUUGUUGUUUAACAUUAAAAAGAAGACAUUUAAUUAACAUUGUUAUUGGGUUGAAGUCUUAAUUGUUGUUUAACAUUAAAAAGAAGACAUUUAAUCAACAUUGUUAUUGGGUUAAAUCUUAAUUGUUGUUUAACAUUAAAAAGAAGACAUUUAAUCAACAUUGUUAUUGGGUUAAAUCUUAACUGUUGUUUAAUAUUAAAAAGAAGACAUUUAAUCAACAUUGUUAUUGGGUUAAAUCUUAAUUGUUGUUUAACAUUAAAAAGAAGACAUUUAAUCAACAUUGUUUUUGGGUUGAGGUCUUAAUUGUUGUUUAACAUUAAAAAGAAGACAUUUAAUUAA